AUGCCGGCUGCCCCGCUGGCCUCGGGUGCUCCGACAAACGUGACCAUUGUCGUCGACAACGCACUCGACGCCUCCGCCGAUGCCGGCGCCCAUCUUGACCUCGUCGACAAUUCGCCUCAGCUCGCCCCUGUCACCUCGUACUUUUACUCGGCCUUUGUAGUCACUGCGGCUGGCGACUUUCUCCCGCCGUCAUAUCGCUCGCACGACCGGACCAUCGGCUCGGUACUCCGCGGCCCGCUCCCAGGCAUUAACGUUACCUCUGACUACCUGCUGUUCCUCUCAGCAUGGACCGACGACCACAUCCGCCAUGCUGAGCGUUAUGACCUCGUCAUCUGCCAUCCGGGUGGUGGCUCUUCGCUCAUUACCGCAGACCAGGUCCGCGACCUCCGCGACGGGCCCGACAACGUUCUCGGCACCGAAGACGACACCAUCGUCAUCGGAUACGUCUCCGUUUGUGAGGACUAUGGCGAGCCGCGGGUCGGCGCCACUCUCAACGAUCCGCGCAACGCCUCGCUUCGUGCCGGCCUCAACUCGCGCGACGGCCCGCUGGCCCACUCGUACGAGACCGGCGCGAUGUGGCUGCAAGGCCAGGGCUACCCCUCGUUCUACGUCGACAUGUCGGGCACGUUUACAGAUGCCGGAGGCUCCUAUUUUGAAGCCGUUCCCGACGGCAAGCCCGACCAGAACAGCGAGUGGGGCGGCUUGUACGUCAACCCGGGCGACCCUCUCUGGUUCCAGUUUCUCAAAGAGGCGACUAUUGGGACGGUCGCCAUGGCCGGCUUUGACUACAUCCUCAACGACCUCGGCAUGGAUGGCCUCUUCCUUGACACGCUCGACGCCCUCGCCCCCCAGGCCUACUAUUGGCUCCGCCACGGCGGUGUGGACCUCAUUGCCCGCAUCGCCUACACCUACCCGGACGCGCUACUCAUCGGCAAUCGCCCGCUCCACCUGGCCAUGCCCUCGUUCGCUGGCUCACGAGUCGACGACUUUCGCUCCUACAUCAACGCCAUCUACUGGGAGUCGUGGGCCGCAGACACGAACCACUGGAUGUCGCCCUCGGGGGCCGCCACCGUCGUUGCCGACAUUGUCGCAGCUCAAGACAACCAAGACGGCCGCGGCUUGACCACCCUCAUUCUCGACUACUGGUCCGUUGUCUUUGCCGCCCGCGAGUCUGGCGAGGCUCUCGGUGCGCCGUGGUACAGCAAUCCGGGAGACUACCUCGCCGAGACUGAUGCCCUAGGAUUUCCCACCUACAUUUCGCCGUCGCGCUCGCUGGCCGAGUUUGACGACGUUGUCUACAACAUCCACCAUCCCGAGGUCUACGGUGGCGCGCCGGAUCUUGUCAUCGUUUCCAUCAUUCCUGACUUUACCCGCACCGUCGCAGAGUCUGGCUGGGUCUCUAUCCCGGCUUCGACGCCGGUCUCUGUAGUUGUUGUCAACCGCGGCGCAGGGCCGCCGCCUUUGGCAGAUCCGUAUUCAGCCACUCUCUCCAUCUACCACAACGGCGAGCUCCUCUCCUCGCGGCUCAUCUUCUUCUCAGAGGGCUUCUACACCUCGCCGGGUGGCCUUGUCACCGUCGUCGUUCCCGUCUCGCUCGGCAGCUCAACCAUUGGCAACCAUGUGUACGCCACCGUUGAGCUUGAGCCCGGCGUCAUUGAGUAUGACACGACCAACAAUCAUGACGACGUCCUCCUCGAGUCGUUCUUCAACAUUGCCUACGGCACUACCUACAAGCACUCGCCGCCGCCAGACCUCGUCGUUUCUUCGGUUGUCCUUGAUCCACCGCAGCCGCCGGCCGGCUCGUCUUUUGACCUCUUGGUAACGUACGCCAACGUCGGCGCCGGCAUCGCUCAGGCAAGCAGAGCCUUCAUCUGGUCGUCGUUUGCCCAAGCUCAGGUCGGCAACUUUGAAGCGCCGCACCUGCUGCCGUCGGCGACCACCACCGUCCGCGCCACCCAUCCUCCCAUCUCGCGAGUCGGCAUGUACUCGCUCGCCAUCACCCUCGAUGCUACCGAGGCCAUCCCAGAGGCCGACGAGACGAACAACGAGUUUUUCGUGCACUCCUUCGAGGUCACCCCGCCUUUCACCUCACUCGCCCUCCCAUACCCCUCACCCAUCACCACGGCCUCGGCCAUGUCGUGGGAGUCGUCGCCCGACUCCUCGCUCGACUCGAACGCGCCCAACAUGGUCUCGCUCUCGGCGGCCCACAGCCCAGUCGAGAACCUCAUAGUGGCCACAAUCACCGUUGAUGGCGACUUUCCGCUUCGUCAGGGCGACGUCAUUCUCUUCAUCAACACCGACGAGUCUGACUCGACCGGCUACCUCUCCGCCGGCUUUGAUCGCAUGAUCCUCAACGACGUUUUCUACCGCCACGACCCGGCGGCCGGCCGCUCCUGGGGUUGGAUCGUCGUGCCCACGCCUACCAACGGCCGCGAGUGGUCUGUUGGCUACCAAGACACCUCGGGACGUGUUGUCGUCAUCGCCAUCCCGCCCGAGCUCCUCUACUCCAUCGCCUCGCCGCCUGUUGCCAUCUAUCUUCACGCCACCAUUGUUGCCAACCCGGCCGCAGGCAACGGUGUCUCGGAUGCCAUCCCGGCCUCUGUGCUGACCGGCGGCAAAGGCCUUCCGCUUCGCCUACGUCACACCUCUAGCCCGGAGCUUUAUCCGUUUGUUGCCACUGCGCUCAUCGGCGAAUCGGUCGACGGCGAGUCAGCUCUCUUCCUCGCCACCAACGUCACGGCCGGAAAGCUCUACAUUCGCCUCGACUCGGUGUCGAUGGCCAGGUACGGCGCCAUCGAUGUCGUCGCCGACGUCGCCCUCUUUCUUGCGGUUGCUGGACCAACGCCACGUAUGGCCUACUUUGAUGGCUCGCCUUGGCGCUUUGUCGGCUCGGGCUCGCCCGAAGCCAUCCGUCCCUCGCCGCCGGCCGUCCGUGCCGCCCUCGGCUAUGAUCCAACACGAACAGAGGCCAUGUGGGCGCCCGAGUCGAGCGCAGGGGUCAGCGCCAAGACCAUCCUCUCAAGCGGCGUCGUCGAGCUAGCCUUUGAUGUCUCGCUCCUUGCCAAGGUCGGCAUCUCGCUCGAGCCUACCGUCACUGCGCCGCUCCUGGUCAUGGCUGCUCUAGAACAGGAUGUUCUCGGUGCCAGCUCUGCAUCGUGGCUUCCAGCUCGGGGUCCUGCCAGCGGCCUCCCACCGUGGGCCAUCAUCCCGCACUGCUCCGACGGCCGCCUUGGCCCGCUUGAGGAGGGCGUCGACUGCGGUGGGGUGUGCUCAAGCAACUGUGGUGUUCCUCACUGCUCCAAUGGCUUUCUCGAUGCGGCGGAAGAGGGUGUCGACUGCGGCGGCGUGUGUGCGUGGACAUGCGUUCCUGAAGCUCUCGGCCUCCCCGACUGGGCCGCUCGCACCCGCUCGCAGAUCCAGGGCCACUACGACUUUGACAUCCUACCGGGCUUUCACCCUGACGCAGACGUCAUCGAAGUCGUCCUUGCCCACUCGGACCACAAUGUUGUAGUCCGCGCCGUCCCGCGUCGUGCCAAGCUCGACGUCCUUGCCAAUCCCAUCCCGCACUUUGGCUCUGUCAAGGUCUUUCUAGGUAUCAAGGAUCUCGACCGCGGCUACACCGGGCUUGGCCGGCCCGGCUUUUCGGCGCUUUUUGUCUUUAUCGACUCGGUACUCCACGUCUACGACGAGGAAAACGCCGUGACCCAGACCGACUGGGCGUGGAUCCCCGUCCCGUCCACCGUGCCUGCGUCAGGCGUCAAGGCCGAGCCUGGCCGGCCUGGGGUCGACUUUGUCAUCGCUCGUACCCUUCUCACCACCGCCGCCGCCCUCGAGGGCCUCGAAGCCAAAGAGCUCCAGGUCUUCAUCCGCAUCACCAUGAGCGGCAGCGACAAGGAGCUGCCGGCCUCGCCGACCGAGGUUCUCUCGCUCACCAUGAGCCAACCCGAACCCGGUGCCGGCGUCGUUGUCGAUGGCAUCAUUGCCGAGUGGGCUAGCCUUGCACACACCUCUGUCACCGACGGCCCCGAUGACGCUCUGCGAGUCAUCGACGCUCUGCCGUACCCGCACGCUAUUGGACGCCAGAACGACUUUGCUGAAGUCAAGCACGCCACCGACUUUUCCACCGUCUACGGUGCCUUUUCCAUGUGGAGUGCCGCCAAGCGGCCGGUUGACGUCGAAACGGCAGUCUUUGUUGUCCCGCUCUCGGCCGCCAGCCGCGGCUAUGCCCUUGGCGGCUCCGACUACGCCAUCGCCAUGGUCCUCGACGGCAAGGGAUACCUUUACUCGGGUCCGCGGCGCUCGGCGCUUUGGUCGUGGUCGCCGGUCACGCUGCCGUCGCAGUUUGGCGUCGCCACACUUGGCCGCCACACCGAGUUCCGCUUCUCGCGCGAGCUCUGGGCCGACCUGAGCAUUUCGAUUGCCGAGCCGUUUAAGAUUGUUGCACGCUCGACUUCGUUCCAAGGCUCGCCAACUAACUUUGGCGACGAUCUCAUUGACUACGUGCCCAACACCGGGCCAUUUGCUGGCCCUGCGCCACCUGGCCCACCAUCGCCACCGUCGCCUCCGCCUGGUUUGCCGUCACCGCCGCCUCCGCCUGGUCUCUCGGGGCCUAUCAUGGUGGAUGGGCUCGAAGCUGACUGGCUCGCCCUCCCGCCGACGCUGUCGCCUUUGCUUGUCUCAGACUCGCGCAACGAUGGUCGCACCUCCAACAACCUCUACGCCACCGACAUUGACCCGGCCUCUGGAGACUACGCUGCGCUGAAGAGCCUCACCUACGAAAGUGCCACCAGCGCUCUUGUCUCGACGUACGGGACACCGGCGCCGGGCGGCUCCUCGCGCCUGCACCACUCGAUCUUCUUUGCCGUCUCUGCACCGAGUGUUCCUUCGGGAGGCUACGAGCUGAAGCCCGGCGUCUACGCCGUUGCCAUGAUCGCUGAUGGUCUUGGCUACGUCUACAGCGGCAGCGGCCUUGCACGCGACUGGGUCUGGGCGCGGGUGAGCGAGGAGACUUUUGCUGCUGCCGCCGCUGGUGCCAACAUUGAGGUCACCAUGAAGCACUCUGCAUUUGCUGGUCUCACACCGCCCUCCACACCUAUUGCCGUCUAUGCCCAAGUCCGCAACGAUCGCGGAACGCUGGGCACGACCGAUGACGAUGUCUCUGACUACGUCCCCGAGAUCAGCGCAGCGGUUCCUCCCCUGGCACCGCCAGAAAGUCCGUGGACCGGACCGCCGCGGCUGGCCCUCGGCAUAGAUGGCAAUGGCGCCGAGUGGCCGGCGCUCGUUGCCUCGUCUCACGCUGCCGACCUCGCUGUUCGCAUUAUCCCUGACGCCGCCAACGACCCCGGCCAUGCCGUCUCUACCCGCGCGCAACUGCCGGACCUAGCACCGGCUAACGAUUUGCGCGAGGUCAUCACCGCGGCCGAUGCAGACGUUGUUGCCGUCUACGCGGUCACCUACGCCUCGAUCGGUACUCCGCCGACGCCGGGUGCGCGCUACCAAGUCUUUUUCGUCACGGAUGCGCCGCGUGCUGGAUACUUGCUCGACACUGGCAGAGUUGCCGUUGCGUAUCUGGAGAACGGCGCCGGGUACGUCUACUCGGGAUCCGAAGUCUCGCGGUCGUGGGCAUGGACCUUGCUGCCCGCGCCAUCAAGCCAGUAUUCAGCUGUGGCGAGCGGCAACGCGUUUGAAGCCUUUAUGGCCUCACGUUUCUGGGUUCAUCUCGUCGAUAGUGAUGCUGCUGUGACCCCGAUUGUCGCGCUUGUCAGUGGCGACUCGGGCUACGCUGACUUUGCGCCCGACGUCCGCCCCGCGACCGAGAGCUCCAAAACUGGCAUUGCCGCCCACAUCGAGUGGCUGAUGGAUCCAGGCGAGACGUGGCUCAUUCGCGGCUCGUUGCUGCUUGCGCUUCUCAUCUGCUGCUGUUGCAGCUUGCUUGUCCUCUGCAUGUGGCGCCGGCAGCGCAAGCUGGCCAAGGCGUCGGCAGCACCUCUCGCUGCGGACAGCGCGUCGGACAGAGCCCCCACCGACGAUGCCGCUGCCAGCAUGUCUGCAGACCGGCAGAUGGGCAAAGGUAACGAUGGAGGCGGGGACUGGUCGGAGCAUGGCCAUGUUUCGGCGUCAACUUCGGCCGGACAAAUUGUUCUGACCUCGAUCUCGCCACCAGGCAUCAUAGUGCCAAUGCCUGUGACCACGGCGCGUCGUAGCUCAGCGUCCGACUCGAACGCAUCCGAUUUGUCGUCCAACUCGAUACACGGCGCAACAUCUCAGCCACGCGAUGAGGCUCGCCUGCUUCCGCUUGUGCGUUCGAGCGAGUCCGACUCUGGCUCUCAUUCGGACCAUUCGCGGAGCGGGGAGACGUCGACAGCGACGUCUUCGGCGCUUGAUGAGCCUGCCUACUACGAAGAAGCCGCGCAUGCCUAUGAGCAGGCGGGCUAUCCGCCACUGCCGCCGGAAGUUGCGCUUGCAUCCAACCCGUAUCAGAGUUGGGAACCGCGUGACCUGCCGCCGCCAAGCUCGUCAGGCGGGCAUCUUUCCCCGCCCUCACCACAGAACAUGCUGCGGUUCCAGUCGACUCUGCUGGACAAUAGCGCGCGGAUGCAGCUUAAGCAGUCGUUCCCGCGCUCGUUGUCGGCACGGCUGGGCCCGGGCUCGCGGCCCCCGCGCCGGGUUCCCCGCGAUCGGGUCCGCAAGUCCGGUGGCGACAACAUGCAGCGGACACUCGCUGCGCUCCGCAAGAAGAAGCUGGCGGCCAUGGCCCGCUCGCGGACCCUGCUCACUGAGGACAUUACGUUUGGCCUGGAGGCACUCGGCCCAGCACCGCUCCUGGCCAUGGCGUCGGGUCUCCUGCUCCGACACCAAUCGUCACAGCUUCAUGACGAGUCGGACUCGUCGUACACGAGCGAGUACGAUCCCGACCACAGCCUCUCACCGCCACCGUUUCCACAAGGGCGGCUCCCGCACAAGUCGCUCGCGCGUGAGCUGUCCAAGCCGUUCUCGCGGCGCCGAUCGCGGGCUGAUUGGGCCUCGCACGUCCUGGCCGCCGCUGUCGCGCAGAAUCUCAACCCAGGACUCGCCGAGAACGACAACGACUCGGCUUCGGACAUUGUCGUUGCCCGCCGCCGGCCAGAUGUUGAUCCGGACCCCAUCCUUGAUCGGCAUCGCUCAUCGUCCGUCGAUCGUUUCCGCAGGCGCCGAAACAUGCAGCGAGAGUAA